AUGCAUAUUGACAAUUUGGGAAUUGAAGCCCUUAGAACCUCAGAAGGACUCAACUUGUGUCAAAGGAAAUAUACCUUGGAGAUUCUAAAAGAGUAUGGUUUUCUGGAUGCAAAACCUGUACAUACACCCUUUAAUACAGGUCAAAGGCUAAGCUCUUUAGAAGGAGAAUUACUGGACAAACCUGAGACUUUUAGAAGGUUGGUGGGCAGGCUUCUAUACUUGACAAAUACAAGACCAGACAUCUCCUUUGUUGUUCAGCAGUUAAGCCAGCAUGUUGAUAAGCCAAGGAACACUCACAUGAUGGCAGCUCACAGGGUCCUAAGGUAUCUUAAGGGAUCACCUGGAAAAGGGUUAUUUUAUCCCUCAAACUGCCAUGCCAAACUUCAAGGCUUUUCUGAUUCAGAUUGGGCAUCUUGUAUAGAAACAAGGAAAUCUAUCACUGGUUAUUGUGUUUAUCUUGGACAAUCCUUGAUCUCCUGGAAGACUAAGAAGCAGACAACAGUUUCAAGAUCAUCCUUAGAAGCUGAAUACAGGGCUUUAGCAUCCACUACUUGUGAAGUCCAGUGGCUCUUAUUCCUCUUAGCAGAUUUGCAGGUCACUUUUGAUAGCCCCAUUGCUCUAUUCUGUGACAAUAGAUCUGCUGUGGCUAUAGGAGAAAAUCAUGUUUUCCAUGAGCGUUGCAGGUCACUUUUAAUGCAAUCCAAUGCUGUUCAUAGCCUUCAGCCUGCAGAUGAACAAUCUGUUGUGGCAGUUUCCACUCUUAAUAACAAAAAGAAGUUUACCAACAAUGGAGGAAAAAAUGUCCCUAAAUGCACCUACUGUGAUAAGCUUGGGCACACAGCAGAGAAAUACUAUAGGAAGCAUGGUUAUCCCCCAGGGUGGAUUCCAGGGUACAAAUCCAAAGACAAAACUACCCCUUAUGACUAA